UAUUACUGGUUGUAAAUCGCAUCCGUUUCUCAUGCACAAACAAAUCAAAUUUAAAUUUCAAGUGUAACAUGUAGGAAGUCUGGUGGAAGUAUACACUGUUUAGCGUAAUUGAUAUAAUCCGUUUGGUAAUCAAAUCAACAUUUUAAGUAAAGUAUGGAAGUACACUUAGACCCGAAGGAAGUCUUGGCUCACCUCAACGAAAUGGGAUAUAGAAACAUUACACCGGAGCAGUUACGGGAUUUCGUUCGAGAUUUGAAAAAACUCAUCAAAUAUGAUGUUCAGCAUUGUAAAUGUGACAAUUGGCAUAGUGGACUCUGCACAACCUGUAGCAGUAGAUCUGCCACACCAAAUGAAAGGCCUCCACUCUCAUCAGUGAACGGAACACAGCACCAGCCAAGAGGCGACAAACUGUCGGAUGACAAAAAGCCUACCAAGACAGAUGCAUCAUGCAGAGAAUACACAGUUACAGCUGAAAUAAAAACUGGUUACCCAAAAAGCAAUAAAUUGAAGAAACCAGACAAUGUAAAGUUUGAAAAGGAAAAUAAAAUUGAAAUAGUAGAAUACACAAAACCAGCACCAUCUUUCAUCAAACCAUGGCAACUUCAACGGGGUUCGAUGCCAUCACGCAGUGAUCCUGUCUCCCUCUACCACAAGUACCAGACAUAUUGGCGCCAACAGAAAGUUCCUGGAGAGGAUAGUCGUGCUGAGUUACGUUGGAGAGUACGUGAAAAAAUGAUAGGACAGGAUCCACAUCCUCGGCCAGUUUCGAAAGCUUCUUCCGUGGAAUCCUUAUACCGAAGAAACAAGAGGUAAAUUUCAAACAAGCAGUUGUAAAGGUUUUCGAAUGGAUUCAUCUUUAUAGUUCCUUUUAAUGACUAUUUUUACUGUUUUUGUACAUUUGGAAGGUGUGUAAUAUAUUGAAACAAUUUGAUACUGUUAACAAAAAGUAAUUGCAUACAAACAUACCUGUACGUUAAAAGAAGAGUUUCCUAUUGUAAUUUCGUGAAAAAAGUACCUGACACUUUUUCAUUGUCACAUUUACAGUGAAAAUAUAAAUGUUAGAUCUAUCUGUAAGCUAUGUUAUGAAGUAGUUUAUUUGGAUUGACUGCAAUUGGUUCAUUCUUACUACGCUAAACAGUGUUUUUAUAUGCUUGUGUAGGUAAGGCAAAAUAUUCUUCUCUGUGUGACAUAAUCAUAAGUUUAUCAUCUUUAUCAUUUUUUAUUAAUUUUGUAAACAUGUAAAAGCCUGUAAGUUUUAACUAGUGAUUUUAGUUUAAAAUUUUAUUG